AUGAUUUCUAAUCAAUUUUUACGAUCUUCAUCAACUAUGAGUCUUGUUUGUUAUCGUCAAUUUGCUCCUCUUUUAACUCGUUUCGGUUCGACAUUAUCUAAAGAGACUUCAUCAAAACAAGAUAAAUCAACAACGAAAGACAAAUCCGGAAAAUCAUGGGUUGAAUAUAAAGCCGAUGAUAUGUACGAUUAUACAACAUUUAGUUAUUAUGAUCUUGAAGCAUCAAUGACUAAAUAUCGACUUCCACAACCUUCACCCUAUACACCAUUUAAAGCUGACUCGGCUACACAAAAGAAAUAA